AUGCACCGCCCCCGGGGCCCGCGCCGGGCGCCCUCGUCGCCGCCCGCGUCCUGGCCGCCGCCGUCGCCGCCGCCCGCGCUCCUGCUCGCCCUGGCGCUGGGCCUGCUGGCCGCCGCGCUCGCCGACGCCUCCCAUCACGAAGCGGCUGCCGGAAGGGAGAAACGGUCUUCUGCAUUUAACCUAAGAUACUUUGCCAAGGGCAGAACACCCUCUGCGGGAGGAGGAGUAAAAGAAACCAAAGGACAAGCUCCAACCUUCCAAGGAGGAUGUGUUUCUCGACCCAUGAACCCUCCACAUACUACAAUUCAGUGUCAUACUCAUAGUGGAUGCCGCUUAACAUGUUUAAGAGACCAUCUAUUUCCUAAUGGUGAGAAACGACUUAUAGCAAUUUGCAGAAAUCAGAAGUGGGAAGUAGAAGAUACAGAUUGGACCGCAAUUCCAGACUGUGUUCCCGAAUGCCGCCCACCAUGCCAGAAUAAUGGAAUAUGCAUUAAACCUAAUGUAUGCAAUUGCACAGAAAGUUAUGUGGGACCACAGUGUCAGUACAAUCGUCGACCAUGCUUUAAUGAUUCUCCACUUCCUGCAAAUUCUUUUAAAAGGUGUAAUUCAAAAACCUGCACAAUUACAUGUAAUGAAGGGCAUAAAUUUCCUGAUGGGUCACAAAUCACAAAUUUAGUGUGCCGAGAUGGCACAUGGAGUCCAUCUCGCAAAGACUGGUCCUCAGUUCCUGACUGUCAACCUACUUGUCAUCCCAUAUGUCAGAAUGGUGGAAUCUGCUUAUCUUAUAAUAUGUGUCAAUGCCCACAAGACUUCAGAGGACCACAGUGCCAAUAUGCUAAAGAAGCUUGUGAUCCACAAAAACUAAAUUUCAAUGGGCAGUACAAAUGUACAGGAGAUCUUAAUUCACUGACUUGCCAUCUAAAAUGUCCUACUGGACGUUUUAAUGUUGAGCCAGCUAGUGGAUAUAAAUGUGAAUAUGCCACUGGAACAUUUUUGCCAUCACCUAUUCCUCAAUGUAUCUAUGAUUCAGUGUUGGAAGUAAGACGAAAGAUUCCGCCUUCAGGAUCGCAAAUGGUCACUAUUGAGUCAGGAAGGAAGACACUAAAUACUUUCUGGAAUAAUGCAAACUUAUCUGCCAUAAUAAAUAGAAUCCCCAUUGAUGUUGGUGUAUUUCAAACAAUUUUAGAGAGGGCACCAACUCCUGGAACUUGCUAUGUGUGGGGAGAGCAUUACAAAACUUUUGAUGGUAAAGUAAUUAGUUUCCGAAGUGACUGUUCCUACACCUUAGUGCAGGAUGAUAUUGACAGUACAUUUAGCAUUGAUUUGCAACCCCAAAUUAAUGGAUCUCGUCCUAUUAAAGUAUUUGCUCAAGACAAAGCAUAUACUCUUUCAAAGAACGAUAAAGGACUGCCUAUAUUGAAAGUUGGAUCACGAAUCUUUAAUAUUCCUACUCAGCUGCCUGGUGUAGUAGUGAAAUACACUGCCCAUUUUGUUGAAUUUUCUAUAAGCUUAGCUGGAUUCUCACUGAUGUGGGAUACUCAGAAUACAAUAUUCGUUGAAGUUAAGGAACAUCUAUGGAACCGUACUGCUGGUCUGUGUGGGAGAAUUGAUGGUUACCCAGCUAAUGAUUUCCAAAUGAAAGAUGGAGAAAUAGCUUCUCGAAUUGUACCAUUUGCUAAUAGUUGGCAAGUUGAAGAACUUGGAGAGAGUUGUUCAUCAGUUCCUGAGGAAUCCAAUCCAUGUGAUUCACCUUCCGCUAGAGAUGGUACAUCUACUGAGGCAACAGCUUUUUGUGAUAAAUUACUCACAGAUCCUCAUUUUGCUCCUUGUCGAUCAGUUGUUGAUGUUCAACAGUACUAUGAGGCAUGUCGCUGGGAUUUUUGUGCUUGCCAGAGUGGUAGCAAAAGAAACAAUUCACAAGAGUGUGCUUGUAGAUCAAUUGCAAUGUUUGUGAAGCAGUGCAGUAUUCAUAAGGUGGCUGUACUCAAUUGGAGAGAUGCAAUAUCUUGUCCCAUGGACUGCAAUGGAGGUCGCGUAUAUAUGACUUGUAACCCUGAAAACCAACCCACUUGUGGCUCUGGAGAAGAAGCUGAGAAGACUUCUAUUUCAAGAGUGAGAAAUCCAUCUGAAUAUUGUAUUGAAGGUUGCUAUUGUCCCCCAGGGACUGUUUUGCAUGGACAACAGUGCAUUACUCGAGAGCAGUGUCCAUGUCAGUUACGAGGACGAUUCUUUCCACCAGGACAUACUGUACCUAAGGACUGUAACACUUGCACUUGUGAUAAGGGUCGAUGGACGUGCACUCAAACACAGUGCUCGAGCCGUUGCUCUGCCAUAGGAGAUCCCCAUUAUACAACUUUUGAUGGUAGAAGAUUUGACUUUAUGGGGAAGUGUUCAUAUUAUCUGGUGAAAGGUGAAAAUUACAGCAUAGAAGCUGAAAAUGUGGAAUGUUCUGGGGCUCUAUCAAAGGAUAUUAUUGCCGUAGGAAGUUAUAAGCCUACAGGCUCUCCAUCUUGCACAAAAUCUAUAACUAUUAAAGUUGAAGAUAAAAAAAUACAACUGAAACAAAAUCGAGAGGUUUUUGUGAAUGGAGUUCAAGUUACCAGCUUUCCCUUUGAAGUCGCCGGCUCACAAAUUCAUCCUGUAUCUUCUAUCUACAUAAUUGUAAAACUGCCUAAUAAUUUGACUGUUUGGUGGGAUGGUUUAUCCAGCGUGUAUGUUGAUGCCCCUCCAUCCUUACAUGGCAAAACGCGGGGACUCUGUGGCACAAUGAGCAUGAAUCAGAAGGAUGAUUUUCUGACACCUGAGGAAGAUAUUGAGCAAUCUGUAAUAGCUUUUGCCAACAAAUGGAAAACAGAUGAGAAGUGUGAAAAUGAACCAGAAACUGAACAUCCUCAACCAUGUGACAAAAAUCCUCACAAGAAGGAGAGUGCAAAUAAAUAUUGCAAUCGCAUCCGUGAACCUCUUUUUGAACGCUGUCACUGGGUGGUGGAUCCUGAGCCAUUUAUCCAUAACUGCUUGUAUGACAUGUGUUCCUGUGAACAAAAAGUGAGCCAGUGCUUCUGCCCAAUCAUUGCAGCUUAUGCAAAAGAAUGUACUAGGAAGGGAGUUCAUAUUGACUGGAGAGGAAGUGUACGAGAAUGCGGAAUACAUUGCCCAAGAGGCCAAGAAUAUCAGAUCUGUGGUAGCACGUGCACUCGCUCCUGCGGAACCAUUUCUCAAAAUCCUCACUGUGAAAAGCAGUGUGUUGAAGGCUGUAAUUGUCCCGAAGGACAGACUCUCAAGGACGAGUCUGGAGAGUGCAUACCUAUAUCCAAAUGCCCAUGUCAGUACAAAGGAUUAGAAUUUCAACCUGGUCAGAAGGAAGUCCGAUCAUCAUCAAAAGGUCCUCAGCUAUGUACCUGUACCAAUGCCAAUUGGAUCUGUCGACCUGCUUCAUCUGAAGAAAUCAAAUUAUACCCUGAUAUUGGCACAAUGAAGUAUAACUGCAGUGCCCGAAAUAAUGAAGAAUAUACAUCAUGCUUACCUUCAACACCUUUGACUUGCAAAACUAUGCAUAAUAAACAGUUAUCGUCCUCUGCUUUAUGCAAAGGGGGUUGUACUUGUAAAAAGGGAUAUGUAUUGGACACGGAUUCCAAAAAAUGUAUUCGUCCAACUGAAUGUCCUUGUCAUCAUGGUGGAAAAAGUUAUGGUGAAGGAAAUUCAAUUCAAGAAGACUGCAACACAUGUAUCUGCAAAUCUGGCAAAUGGAAGUGCACUGAGAGAGUGUGUGCUGGAGUGUGCUCUGCAUGGGGUGAUUCACAUUACAAAACAUUUGAUGACAGAAUUUUUGAUUUUCAUGGAACUUGUGACUACCUUUUAGCUAAAGGAGCUAUUAGUAAUGAUGAAUCCUUUGAUAUUUCCAUACAGAAUGUGGAAUGUGGAUCUUUGGGAGUCAGUUGCUCAAAAUCAGUAACUAUCAAAGUAGGAAUAGGAAGUCGCCAAGAAUCAAUUGUAUUUACUAGAGAUAAACCUCUUCCUGCUAUUACAGGACUGACGAGAAUUCAGGUACGAAUUGCUGGACUCUUUGUUUUUGCUGAAGUGGCAGAUCUUGGUGUAGUGGUGCAAUGGGAUCAAGGCACACGUGUUUAUGUGAAAGUGGAGCCAAGGUGGAAGAGUAAGAUUAAGGGUCUCUGUGGAAACUACAAUGACGACAUGAUGGAUGACUUCCAAACUCCUUCAGGUGGCUUAGCAGAAGUGUCUGCCACUCUUUUCGGUGAUUCUUGGCGACUUCAACCAUAUUGUCCUGAUUCAGUUGAAAUUGCAGAUACAUGUAUUGAGCAUCCAAAUCGUAAAUUAUGGGCAAUGCAGAAGUGUGGUGUGUUGAAAUCAGCAGUGUUUCAACCUUGCCAUUCUGAAGUGCCUGUAGAACCUUACCUUGAAAGGUGUAUUUUUGACUCUUGUGCUUGUGACAUGGGUGGCGAUUGUGAAUGUCUAUGCACUGCAUUAGCAGCAUAUUCUCAUGAGUGCAGUGCUCAUGGGGUACACAUCCGAUGGCGCUCUCAGAACCUUUGUCCAAUGCAGUGUGAUGAAAAGUGCAGUAGCUAUAGUCCUUGCAUUGAAACAUGUCCAAAAACAACAUGUGAGAAUCAGUUUAUUGUAAAAGGUCUUUCACAACUAUGCAAAGAAGAUACUUGUGUGGAAGGUUGUGAACUAAAACCUUGCCCACCAGGCCAAGUUUAUUACAAUAAAACAGCCCUUGAAUGUGUACCUAUAGCAUCAUGUAAAACAGUAUGUAUCGAAGAAAAUGGCAUAAUUUAUUACGAAGGGGAUCUCAUGGAGCAAGAUGAAUGCCAUUCAUGUUAUUGUUCACGCCACAAGAAAUCCUGUAAAGGUACUCCUUGCACGACACCUCUUCCACAAAUAACAACGAAGACACCCUUAAACCCUCCCAUAGAAUGUGAAAAUGGAUGGACACAUUGGAUUAAUAAUGUCAAAAGAGAUUCAAAGAAAAAUCAAACAGUUGUGACAGAACCUCUUCCAACUCAAAGUGAUCUGAGUAGCAUGACAAAUGGAUCUGCUCACUGCAGACUCAACCAAGUUGAAUUAAUUGAAUGUCGAGUUGUCAGCAGUCUUAAAAGUCAUAAAGAAACCGGUCUGAAUGUUUCAUGUAAUAUCGAUGAAGGUUUGGUUUGUUAUGGAAGUGAAUGUCCUGAUUUUGAGAUACGUUUGUUCUGUAAUUGUGGUCCAAUUACAACACCUACAUAUCCAGCUGAAGUGACUACAUCAAAGAUAGUGUGUGAUCCAAAGAGGCCUAACAAACCACAUGAAGAGAAUUGUCACUUAUUUUAUCAGUGUGUUAAUACACUAGAAGGUUCUAAAUAUGAAGAAAGAAGUUGUGGACCAGACAUGAUGUACAACAAGGACAGACAAGUGUGUGAUCACCCCUCUUCUGUGAUAGCGAAUUGGCCUGAGUGUGCAAGAUCUACCGAGGAGCCUCCGAUAUCAACAACUUUACGACCGGAGUCUCCAGGGACAACGCCGGCCACUGCUCGACCACGAGAAUGCAAGCCUGGUGAUGUUUGGACAUCAUGUGGUAUUCCUUGCAAUCAAGUGUGUUUAUACUAUGAAUAUGUACUCACACGCAGAGGAUUUUGCUCCAGUUCUGAUGACUGUAUACAAGGGUGCUUUCGUGAAGAACUUAGUGGAGGUUGCCCCAAAGGAUAUUAUUGGAAAGAUGAAAAUGAAUGUGUUUCUAUAGCUGAUUGCAUGUGUUACUCACAUUCCGGAGAGCCUGUUAGGCCAGGUGCAAUUAUUCAAGAAUCAGACUGUACAUCAUGUCAGUGUGUAAAUAAUGAAUAUAUAUGUGACUCAUCCCGAUGUAAAGAAACAACAAUUGCUUCAGUGAUUAUUGAAGGAACACCAAGCACUCUCCUUCCACCUGUAAAUGACAGUAGUGUUUUCCUGUCAACUGCAACACCCCCUCUACCAUGCAGAGAUAAUAAAUUAAUCCCUCUGGUUGAAGGAAAGGAAAAACUUCCAGAUGUUGCAUUUUCAGCAAGCAGCUAUGGAUCAGGCAAUGGGCAACAACCACAUUUUGCAAGAAUUCUCAGAAAAUCAAAAAAUGAGAAUGCAUGGUCACCAGCAAAACAAGACACAAAUCAAUUUCUUCAGAUCAAUCUUGGAAGUAUAGAACCUAUAUAUGGUGUGACAGUACAAGGAGGACCAGCUGGUUUUGUGACUAGUUAUACUAUACACUACAGCAAAAAUGGAGAUUUGUAUCAUUUUGUAACAAGAGAUGGUAAAAAUGCACAUGUAUUUCGGGGACCAACAAAUAACACUGAAUCAUUGAAACAAAUCUUCCAUCAACCAGUGGAAGCCCAAUACAUACGUUUUGUGCCUAAGACAUGGAAAAAAAACAUUUCCAUGCGGGUUGAGAUUCAUGGUUGUGAAGAAGAGAUAUCAACCACUGAACCCACAACAUAUACGAUGCCUACUACACUAGAAACUAUUGUUUCUUCAAUAUACAGUACUCCUUCAGUUGAAUGUUUGGAUGAGAUGGGAUUAGAUAAUGGAAUGAUGAAAGAUCAACAAAUCAGUUUAUCCUCAAUAAAAGACAAUGACGCAGUCAAGUAUGGACCCUCUCAGGUGCAUUUAAGUGCAGCAGCAGAUAUUCUCCAAAGAAAAAGUGGUUCUUGGAAACCUCUCUUAAAUGACAAAGACCAGUGGAUACAGUUUGAUUUUCUGGAGCCACGAAACUUAACUGGUUUUAUCACAAAAGGCUCUGAAAAUACUAAUGACUGGGUAGAAGCUUUUAAAAUAUUGUACAGUCAUGAUGGUACAGCAUGGAAUCCUUUUCUUGGAGAAGAAGGCUCUGAAAAAGUAUUUCCUGGGAACUAUGAUGCUGUCUCAACUCAUCAGAAUACUUUUGGACAUGUAUUGCGAACACGAUAUCUACGUCUAUCGCCAUUUAAGUGGCACAAAAACAUUGCAGUCAGAGCAGAAGUUAUUGGAUGUUUUGAACCAUAUCCUACAAACAUACCAUUGCCUCCUGGAGAACCAACUUCUAGAUUAGAUUGCCGUGUGUGUGAGGGAGUACCUUCAGAGAAGAAGCGAGGAGGUGCUUGUUUUCGCUGCCUCCCAGACUUGUGGUGGGAUGGAGAAUCUUGUGUCAAUCGAACACACUGUCCUUGUUUUGUGAACCAUGUUCGUAUCUUUUAUGCUUUGCAGUUGACAUCAAUGCAGUUAUUUUUCAGAUACAAUGUUGGACAGUCAUAUGUGACAGAUGAUUGCAAAGAAUGUGUUUGUAAAUUGAAUGGGCUUCCAGAAUGCAAAAAAAUUCCAAUGGAAUGCGAAUGUGAACCAGAGCAACAACGAGUUCUUACGGCAGUUUGUGGAUGUGCUUGUAAAACAUGUGAUAUAGGAACCCGUCUCUGCCCUACAUCGAAUAUUUGUAUCAAUGAAAGUUUUUGGUGCAAUGGAGUUGAAGAUUGCCCAGAUGAUGAAAGGAACUGCCCAACUACUUCAAUUCCUACUUCUACACCUACUGCUCCUGUAGUGGCAACUCCAUGCCCCCCUGUUACAUGUCCACCUGGAACAAAACCUGUCAAAAUGUCUGCUCUGUCUGAACGUAGAACAAAAGGUCUAAAAGGGGCUGCAAAUUCAGUGAAUAAAAAAGGAAUGAAAGUAAUGAAGAAUUGUUCAGCAAAAGAAUGCCCUCGCUUCUUGAAUAUAAUUCAAGACUCAUACAACUUCAAAUUAUAUUCAGAUUUGAGUGUAGAACUGAACGGUAUUAUUUAUACAUCUCAUGAGACAAAACAUUUAGGAAGGAAAAAUAAACCAUAUGCAGUGUAUCAUGUUGGUCAGUCACUUAUUUUACAAUCUCAGCACUAUGGCUUUUGGGUGAUUUGGGAUAACAACCAAAAUCUAAAAAUUGGUGUGACUGGGAAAUUGUUUGGAGCAGUUGAAGGUUUAUGUGGAACUUUAAAUGGCAACCCCAAUGAUGAUCGCACAACACCUUUAGGAAAAAUUGUGAAGGGUAAUGAUGAAUUUGCCAAAAGUUGGGUUAUACCUGAUGCUCCAGAAUGUGAACCAACUGAAUGCCCUAUUCACUUACAAACUCAAGCUCAAGAAAUAUGUAAUUCAAUAAGGACAAGUUCUCUCAGCCGUUGUAAUUCAGUAUUGGACAUAGAGCGAUUUGUAGCUCGAUGCAUGGAAUUCACAUGCUCUUGUUUGUCAAGUACAAAGGAAAUAGAAAAGAGUGCUCAAACAUGCCGUUGUUCAGCACUUCAAGGUUUGGUGACUUCCUGUCAGUCAAUUGAUGCUGGUAUUGACUUAACAGGAUGGCGAACAGAGCAUGGAUGCAUGGUGCAGUGUCCUCCAUCUUUAGUUUAUCAUGAUUGUUAUCGUCACAAAUGUGAACCAUCCUGUGGUACUCUAAAUGAUGGGGAGUCAUGUGACACUAUAUCUGGAACCUGUUUCUCAGGAUGUUUCUGUCCUGAUGGACUUUUACGUCACAAUGAUAGAUGCAUUUCACCUGAUGAAUGUCGUGAUUGUGUGUGCGACGGAUUUGGUGAUUCACAAUACAUGUCAUUUGAUCGUUCAAAUUUUUCAUUUAAUGGAAAUUGCACCUACGUUGCUUCAAAAGAUAAUAACCAUACAUAUCAGGUCCUGGUGACAAAUCGACAAUGCUUUGAUGAACCUACAUCCACAUGUACUGAGGCUGUGGUAGUGCAGUAUUUGAAUCAUUCAGUAUCUGUGAAAUAUGAAAGAAAAACUGCAAAAAAUCCUCAGUUAAUUACCUCGAUAGAUGGUAAAUUAAUUAAUCGGUUUCCUCACAAAGAAAAACCAUGGCUGUCACUUAGUUAUGUAGAAAACUCUGAAAUUACAAUACUAAUACAUCCAAUUCAACUAGAAGUGACAUAUAUUUAUCACAGUUAUGCUUUCACUGUUCGGCUUCCAUCCACCAAUUUCAAGAAUAAUACAGAAGGAUUGUGUGGCAACUGUAACAAGGAUAAAACAGAUGAUUUCAAAACACCAAAAGGAAUAUUAACCAACAAUACAAAUGAAUUUGGUCUCAGUUGGUUGCAUCCAGUUUUGAAUGAAGAACACUGUCAAGAAGUGACUACUGACAUGGAAUGCAAACCAUUGCCUCCUGAUGAGGACCCCUGCCUUCAACUUUAUGACUCGCCUGUUUUCAAAAAGUGUCACAACAUUUUAGAUCCAGCACCAUAUGUGGUUGCUUGCCAGCAUGAUAUAUGCCAUAGUGUAAAUAGAACUGAUGCUGCAUGUAGAGAUAUGGAAGCCUAUGUGACUGCCUGUGAACGUGUAGGAAUAUGUCUGAACUGGCGAAGCCCAGAUAUUUGCCCUUUCAGUUGUCCUAAAGGGAAGCAGUACCGUUCGUGUCAACCUGGAUGUUCUGGAACAUGUGAAAGCAUUGGUAGUAGCUCGGCUAAUUGUUCUUCUCUAGUGGCAGAUGGAUGUUAUUGCCCAGAAAAUCAGGUACUGCUUGACAACAAAUGUGUGAGUAUAUCAAAGUGUCUUCCUUGUGAUGAUGAUGGUCACUUUGAUGGUGACACAUGGCAACAAGACAAAUGUACUAACUGUACUUGUUUAGGAAGCCGAAAGGAAUGCAACAAAAAAAUAUGCCCUGAUAUUAAGACAAUUUGCAAAGAGGGAAUGAUACCUGUGGAAGAGAAAGUAUCAGAAUUGGAAUGUUGCAAGAAGGUAACUUGUGUUCCAGCACCACCAUCUAAUGAAACGACUUGCCCACCUCCCCAAAUUCCAUCCUGCCGAGAUGAUCAAGAUGCUACAUCAAUUGUUGGAGCAGAUGGCUGCACAAGAAUUGCUUGUGUGUGUAAACCGUGUCAAAAAAACAAAACAAAAGUUUGGCUACCAGAAGAUGAAGGAUUUGAAGGAGGGGAAGUAGAAGAAAGUGUAGAGGAAGUGGAAGAAGAGAAAGAGUUAGGAAUUAGAAUAGAAAUUGAUAAUUCAGGCUGUUGCCCAAAGAAAAUUAGAAAGUGUUAUCCAGAGGACUGCCCUCCACACUCCUGUUCAUAUCCUUUUGUGUCAAGAAAGAAAUCAACAGAUUCAUCCAAAUGUUGUGAAGACCAAGAGUGUGUGCCGCCACCGAAUUCCUGCCUCAUUGAAGACAAAAAUACUGGCGAAAUCAUAGUAAGGAAGGUUGGCUCGGUGUGGCAUGAUGGUCCAUGCACAACAUGUGAAUGUAAAGCAGUUUCUGGAGUGCCAGAGAGUACUUGUAAUAAACAAAUGUGUCCUGCAGCAGAUAUAAAUCCCAACGUUACUGAAAAUUAUGUAAUAGAUAGUAAAGUUACUCCAGGAGAAUGCUGCCCAUCGAUUGAACGCACUGCAUGCAAAAUAAAUGGAACGAUUUUGGAGCCUGGAAAAAAUAUCAAGCAGAUUAAACCAGACCACUGUAUAUCCUACCACUGCAAAAUUAUGGAAAAGGGAGUUAUUGAAAAAGUAUCAGAAAUUGAACGUUGCAACACAAAUUGUAAAUUGGGUUGGAAAUAUGAGAAACCAGAAUCCAAAGCAAGACAGUGUUGUGGAGAAUGCAAACCUAUAAGUUGUGUUCACAAUGGAAACCUCUAUCGUCAAGGUGAAAAAUGGAAGUCAUUAGAUGAUUGUACGGAAUAUUUCUGUUUACUUAUUAAUGGCACAGUACAAAUUGACUCAGUGACUGAAUCGUGUCCUGAGCUGCCAAAAGAAAUGAAAGAAGAUUAUUUAAUUGUUGAGAAGAAAGUUGAAGGUAAAUGCUGUAAAUCUCCUGAAUUUAAGGGUUGCAAGUAUAAAGGUGUUAUUUACAAGGCUGAAGAUACAUGGACAUCAACAGAAAACCCUUGUGCAAAAUAUACUUGUGAACUCUUAUCUAGCGGUCAGCUCAUUAAAAAGGAAUCGAUUGAAACAUGUUCGACAAAUUGCAGUCAAUAUCAAAUAGAAAGUACUUCUGAACUAUGUCCAUCUGAGCUCCAGUUGAGUUCAUGUCCUAAAGAUAAAAUUUACCAGGAUAAAUGCUGCAGAAGAUGUAUGCCCUCUCCAGAACCAUCAAUUAAAGAAUGUCAAUUAAAGGGAAUAACAGCAUCUGAUAGCUUUAUCAUCAAAGAGAAACAUGGCAAGCAUGAGGAAUGUAUAAAUACACUUCAAGAUGGAUUUGCAGAAUGUCAAGGAGCAUGUUAUUCUGAAACAAAAUACAGUUCAGGAUUGGACACGUAUGUUAACUCCUGCAACUGCUGUCAACCAGCUUCACUCACUCCAGUGAAUGUUUCUAUGCAGUGUGCAGAUGGCUAUAAAUAUAACAAAACAAUAAAGGUGCCUUCUGCCUGUAAAUGCCUUGAAUGUAGAGAGAUGCCUGCGGCACCAAGAAAACAGCGACCUGUAUAUUAACAUAACUAAAAAUGAGAAAGCUUUUGCUGUAUAAUGAAUUUCAAAAGAGGAUGUGUACUUCAUUACUUCAAAUAAAGAGUUCAUAAAUAACAGAUACUUUAUUUUCAAAAUCUUCACUGACAUCAAGAGAAAAUACUUUCAAGAUAAUUUGUUCAUUUGGUAAUAAAAGUCAAGUGAUCACAAUAAUGUUUCCAUAAGCAUAAAUUAAAAUGAAAUAAUACUCUACAGUAAUAACAACAACCACAUUUUUUAAGCCAAAUUUUCAGAAGAUGGAACUGUAUCUACAGUCUCUUUUUUCUUUUUAACAACCUCCACAAGGUGUUUAUAUCGCAGCAUACAUUCAUCCUUAGUCUUUCCAGGAACACAUUUGGCAAUUUUUUCCCAUCGAUCCGUGGUUCCCCCUUUAGGAUAUUUAGUGAGAGCGGCUUCUAGAGCUUUCUGUUGUGGUUGACUCCAGCCUGAUGUGUCAUUGACAUUUAGGUUAUCCUCCAUUUUUGAAGCUCGUGUUUUUACUUUACGAGGUUUGUCUUCUUCAUUUUCUGGAGAAACUGGUCCCUCUUCAUUUUGACGAAUCAUUCGGUAGCCAUCUUCUUUCACUUUCUUGGCCAUGU